UUCUAUCAUGUUGAGGUGUAGGGAAAUGUUUCAGCUGUGGUCAUUUGGCGUUAUUUAUAGUGCUUGAGUCUGAUUAGUUCAGACACAUAUUGUGGACUAAUGCUCAUGUUAUCUUUUUUUAUUGGCACAGUGUUGUCUGCAACACUACUUUCGUGAGAACUGGAGCGAGGAGAGGUCUGAGAGACAGUCGAGGCAGGACUUUUCUCGUUGCCCUUCGUCGGUGAGAAUGGCAAGGAUUCGGAUUCCUAGCACAAUUGUUAUAAUUUUUGUUACAGUUCAGACUGGAUUCUUACUCUUCAUGUAUGCCCGGUACAGUAGCUUCAUGCCUCAGUCUGAGGAGAAACCAUCACAAGUCCACAUCCUUAUUCUCUCCUCCUGGCGGUCAGGAUCUUCUUUUGUUGGUCAACUUUUCAGCCAGCAUCCCAGCGUCUUCUACCUGAUGGAACCUGCGUGGCACGUGUGGGUUACAAUGUACCAGAACAGUGCCAAAGUCUUACACAUGGCAGUGCGGGACUUAGUCAGGUCGGUCUUUCUGUGUGACAUGUCUGUGUUUGAUGCUUACAUGCCUUGGAAAAGAAACUUAUCCGAUCUUUUCCAGUGGGCAGCAAGUCGGGCUCUGUGUUCAGCUCCUGCUUGUGACUCUUUCCAACGUACUGACAUAACCAGUGAAUUGGCAUGCAAGACUCUUUGUGGACGGUAUCCAUUCAGCAAGGUGGAGGAAGCCUGUAAGACUUACAGCCAUGUUGUCAUCAAGGAAGUUCGAUUCUUUGACUUGAAGGUCCUAUACCCCCUUCUCACUGAUCCGUCCCUGAAUCUCAAAAUUAUUCACCUGGUCCGUGACCCCAGGGCAGUCGUUAAGUCACGGGAACAAUCAGUCAAAGCGUUAACCCGUGACAAUGGAAUUGUCUUGAGUACCAAUGGCACUAAAGUGGAAGAUAGCAAAUACAAAGUAAUGCAAGAGGUUUGUAGAAGUCACGUUCAGAUUUAUGAAACAGCUACUCUGAAACCACCUAAUUUCCUGAAAGAGCGCUAUUUAAUGGUCCGUUUUGAAGAUCUGGUUAGAGAUCCGUUUUCAGAAAUCUCAGAAAUGUAUAAAUUUGCAGAUCUUAGUUUGACUCCCAGGCUCAAAAGCUGGAUCUAUAAUAUCACACAUGGACAGGGACCAGGAAAAAAAAAAGAAGCCUUCAAAAUAACGUCUCGAGAUGCAGUUAGUGUUUCACAGGCCUGGAGAAAUGCUCUUUCCUUUCAGAAAGUUAAGAAAAUACAGGAAGUUUGUAAAGGUGCUAUAAACAUUCUUGGUUAUCAGCUGGUGGAUUCAGAAAAAGAACAAAGAGAUCUGACGUUGGAUUUGGUGUUGCCUAGACGACAAAAUCAAUUCAGUUGGUCAUCCUUUAAUCCCAAGCACUGAGACAUUUUGGAGAGAUCUGGGGAGGUGGGGCAGGGUGGUUGUUUGAAUAUUUCUCUGCUGUGCAGCAUAUAGUUGGAAAAUCCUUGGCCGAUGACUUUAUCUUUUAGUCUACUCCUUUUUUGUUAAUGCAAGUAGUUUUUUUUCCCUGAGUUUUUUACAUUAAAAAGAGACAGCAAGAUACUUGUCAGCCUGUUACUGUGCUGCUCACAGCAUUGUUUUAAGAAUAUAAUUUAAGCAUUUUUCUAUUAAAAUAUGGAUUUUCAACGAUGUCUUGUUUACUGAUAAUAGUUUGUUUCUGGUUUUUGUGCUUUAAUUAUUUAAGAAUCACUGUUCUUUAUUUGUGUAUAUGGAACAAAGUAGAUACUAAAUUCCUUCACUUGACUUUCUUCUUUAAAGUUUUUCUGCAGUUGUGUAUUUUUUUCAGACUUCUUAUGAUGUUUUAAAUUUUAAUAUAUAAGUUUUUCAAAAGCUGGGGCAACUGCAGCAGCUCUGUUGUAAAAGGCUUAAAUGAUAACUUCAUUAAUUGAGAUUCCAUAAUGGUUUCCUUGAAAUGGCAAUGUUUACAAUCACAUACUAGAACGUGAUGUUUGCUUGGAGUGCAAAAACCAAAGGACAUAAAGAAACUUUCAGUGGAA